UGUUGGCUUCAGUGCGGUGAGGAUCGCGCGGUCGUGUGGCUAUAGUAGGACGUUGAGUUCCCCAGUACUGUUACGUAAGUUGCUCUGACAGUUGUUAUUUUUAGUCAUUGGAUUGAUAAAUCGCCGGUGGGCAUUCAGUGCUUUCGAAAUGAUUGGUGUCCUUGGAACGACGGAGAUGCUCUGCGCUCUCGCAGCCAUCCUAACUGGUAUAUGGUACUACCUCGUGGCAAACUACAACUUCUGGAAGGAGCGUGGAGUUCCAGGACCAACACCCAGAUUGAUUUUUGGAAACCUGAAGGACAUCAUGCUCGUAAGAGAUUCCUUCGGAGAGUCGUUGAAGAAAAUGUGCGAUCAAUUCCCUGGUGCACCUUUGGUGGGUAUAUACGCCCGUCGUACGCCCGUGUUGCUCGUCCGUGACCCUGAACUCGUCAAGGACGUGAUGAUCAAAGACUUUUCGACGUUUUCGGAGAGAGGCAAUCCUAUGUACGAGAAAAUAGAACCGCUAGGUGCGCAUCUGUUCAAUCUGGAAACUAAAAGAUGGAGAUCCCUUCGUCCAAAACUGUCGCCGUUAUUUACCACGGGUAAAAUGAAGCACAUGUUUGCCUUGAUAUUGGAGUGUGCAGACUACUUUGAAAAAUACUUACAUACCCUCGCCGAGAAGGGUGAGCCGAUCGAUUGCCGUGAAAUCACUGCCAAGUUCACAACCGACGUGAUAGGCAGCUGUGCUUUCGGCCUACAGAUGAAUGCCAUUGGUGACGAAGACAGCGAGUUCAGGAAAAUGGGAAGAAAAGUAUUUGAGAUUAGCCUGAGAGCAAGGAUCUUUCAGAUAGUUCGCAUGGCAGCACCUUGGCUCUAUGAAUUAAUAGGAGUAUCGGCACUGCCUCUUGAUGUCCAGCAAUUCUUCAUGUCAUCAAUGAAGGAAACGAUAGAUUAUCGGAUGAAGAAUAACUUUAGUAGAGGGGACCUAGUUGACAUGCUAAUAGAGAUAAAAAACAACCCGGAAAAAUUAGAUUUCGAUCUGACUGAUGCGCUAAUUACUGCUCAGGCCUUUGUGUUUUUCCUUGCUGGAUUCGAGACUUCGUCAACGACGAUCAGCCAUGCUUUACUAGAACUCGCCCAAUACCAAGAUAUACAGGAAAGACUACGCAAAGAAAUAAAAGAAUCACUCGAGGCAAACAAUCACAGUGUGACCUACGACAGUGUAAAGGAAAUGAAGUACUUGGACAUGGUAUUCCAAGAAACGCUUAGGCUCAGACCGCCGGUUGUGUUUCACAUGCGAAAAGCAGUGACCGACUAUACGUUUAGAGGCACAAACGUCACGGUUCCAAAAGGGCAAAGGGUCUGGAUCCCGGUAUGGGAUAUCCAUCAGAACCCAGAGUAUUACCCAAAACCAGAAGUCUUUGACCCGGAACGCUUCACAGAUGACAUGUGUCAGGCCAGGCACCCAAUGACGUAUAUACCUUUUGGCGAUGGACCAAGGAAUUGCAUCGGAGCGCGCUUCGCUGUUUACCAAACGAAAUUGGGCUUGAUCAAGAUAUUGUCAAACUUCAAAGUUGACAUCUGCGAUAAAACCAAGAUACCAUACAAACCCGACCCUAAAUCGUUCUUGUUGGCACCCAUUGGAGGGGUACACCUUCAAUUCUCCAAGGUUAAUUAGAUUGACCGAAUAGUGUCGGUGAUCGUUUUUAUAACGAAAAUUUUUGGUUUAUUAUUACCCAAUUUUGUUAAUGCUUAAUUCAGAUAUGAUUAAU